CGCUGGGCGCCUCCCCCAUUCAGCUUGCAUGACACGGGGGGGGCCCCGGUGCAGAGGGGGGGCUGGGCCCUGUGGGGUUAAUGAGUGACUGCCCUGGGGGUCGCAGUGCAGGAUUUCACUCUCGGCUGGCUCUGCCCCACGGCGGGGGGGCUGACACUGGGCAACCUUCGCUCACAGCCUGGCCGGCCGCAGUGGGCACAAUGCUGGGGCGUGGGGGGCGCUGGCUGCAGCAGGCGUGGGGGGCGGCCUCAGGCCCCCCCCAGCCGGCUCCCCGUGGGGCCCAGCUCAGCUUUGACGGCGCCGUCUUCCGGCUCAAGAGCGGCUGGGAGCUGGUGCGGGGGCUGCUGGUGUUCCGGCUGUGCGCCCUGCCGGGGCUGGUGCACCGGGCCCCCACGCUGCUCUCCGUGUCCCGGAGGCUGCUGGGGCGCCGGCUCUGGGGGUCCCUGCUGCGCGCCUCCUUCUACGGGCAGUUCGUGGCGGGGCAGACGCCCCCCGAGGUGGGGGUCACAGUGCAGCGCCUCCGUGCCCUGGGGCUGCGCCCCCUCCUGGCCGUGCCCAUCGAGGAGGACGUGGGGCAGGACAAGGAAGGGGAGGGCUGGUACGAGGGGAACCGGGGGGCCGUGCUCGGCUGCGUGGGGCUCUCGGCCCAGGGGGGACCCCAGCCCAUGAUGCAGCUGAAGGUGACGGCCCUGAUGAGCGCCUGGCUCUGUAGGACGGUGUCGCUGCAGCUGGAGGAGCCGGGGAGGAGGUCGGAGCUGAGCACGGACAGGCUUGCGGCCGUGAUGGGUGGAGAGGAGGCGAACUUCUCCGGCCUGAGCCCCGCCGAGAACCGGCACCUCCAGGCCUCCCUGCUGCGGCUGGACGGGGUCACCCAGCGGGCGGUGGAGGCGGGUGUGCGGGUGCUGGUGGAUGCCGAGUACACCUACGUGAACCCCGCGCUGACGCUUGUCACCCUGGCGCUGAUGGGGCGUUGGAAUCGCACCCAGCCCUGGGUGUGGAACACCUACCAGUGUUACCUGCAGGACUGCCUGGCGCGGCUCGGUGCGGACGCGGCGCUGGCCGAGCGUCGGGGCUUCUGUUUCGGGGUGAAGCUGGUGCGUGGGGCCUACUUGGAGCAGGAGCGGCGGCUGGCGCGGGAGCGGGGAUACCCUGACCCCCUGCACCCCACCUGGGAGGCCACCAACCACAGCUACGAGCGCUGCCUGGACCUGCUGCUGGAGCUGGUGGCUCGGGACGGGCAGCGGUGCCAGCUAAUUGUGGCCAGCCACAACGAGGCCUCUGUGAGCCACACCGUCCGCAGGAUGGAGGAGCUGGGCAUUGCCAAGGACGGAGGGGCUGUCUGCUUCGGGCAGCUGCUGGGCAUGUGUGACCACGUCUCCCUGGCCUUGGGCCAGGCUGGGUACGCCAUCUACAAGUCGAUCCCCUACGGGGCGGUGGAGGACGUGCUGCCGUACCUGGUGCGCCGGGCCCAGGAGAACCAGAGCGUGCUGCAGGGCACCCGCAAAGAGCGGGACCUCCUCCGCCAGGAGCUCUGGAGGCGCCUGCAGCGCCGCCCCUGAGGAACCCCGGCGUCCGAGAGAACCGCUGCCCCCCAGAACCCGUCCUGCUCUUUCCCCCAGAGACUGUGGGAGUGGGGGCCUUGGCCUGAGUCAGUCAGC